AUGGACGACGCCAAGCCACGGCACCUCGGCGGCUCGCUGCCCGUGCCCAACGUGCAGGACCUCGCCGCCCGGCGUGACGAGCUCACGCUCACGCCCACCCUCCUCGACUGCGUCCCGACGCCCCUGCCUGCGAAAGAGCAGGAGCAGAUCCCCGUGGUCGACCUCGGCCGGCUCCUCGACCUCGCCGGCGGACGGGAGGAGGAGGCCGCCAGGCUGCGGUGGGCCUGCGAGAACUGGGGCUUCUUCCAGGUGGUGAACCACGGGACACCCGAGGAGACCGUGGAGGAGAUGAAGAGGAACGUCAUGGGAUUCUUCGCGCUCCCGCUGGCGGAGAAGGCGGCCCUCGCGCAGGAGCCCGGAGAGAUCGAGGGGUAUGGCCAGGCGUUCGUCGUCUCGGAGGAGCAGACGCUGGACUGGGCCGACAUGUUCUUCCUCCUCACGCAGCCGCCCAGCUACCGCGACCUCCGCCUCUGGCCGUCCAACCCUCCCACGUCCAAGAAUUGCUUGGAGAACUACUCUGCGGAGGUGCAAAGGGUGGCAGGCGAGCUGCUGCGAGCCAUGGCGGAGAACCUGGGCGCGAGGGACCACUCGGACAUGACGAGGCUCGCCGCAUCGCAGGCGGUGAGGAUGAACUACUGCCCGCCUUGCCCGGAGGCGCACGUGGACAGGUUGCUGGGCUUGUCGCCGCACUCGGACGCCGUCGCGCUGACGCUGCUGCUGCAGGUCAGCCCGGUCCCCGGGCUGCAGAUAAGGAGGAAUGGCGGCUGGGUCCCGGUGAUGCCGCUCCCCGGCGCCCUCGUCGUCAACGUCGGCGACGUGGUCGAGGUGCUGACCAACGGGAAGUACAAGAGCGUCGAGCACAGGGCGGUGGUGAAUGCACGCGAGCAGCGGAUGUCCACCGCGGCGUUCCACGGUGCGAAGUUCGGUGGCACGUACGGACCACUGAAAGAGGUCGUCAAAGAAGAGGAGGCCCGGUACAGGAGUGUCAGCGUCGAGGAGUACACCAAGCUCAUGCUCUCCAGCAAGCUCGACGGCAAGAACAUCAUAAUAGUCCCAAAGGUCAACGAACUAAAAACAGAAGAAAGUUUAGCUAAGCUAUCAGUAGCCACAUUAGCUUCUCUGAAACAAUAA